UGGCAGGUCAGUCUGCACAUCUUUGACCACUUCUGUGGAGGAUCUCUGAUCAACGACCAGUGGGUGCUGACUGCGGCUCACUGUGUCGAAGGGUACAUAUGGUUCCCAUCUGCUGUGACGGUGUAUCUGGGUCGUCAGAGUCAGGAGGGAUUCAAUCCAAAUGAAGUCGUUCGGAAAGUAGCACAGAUCACUACUCACCCGAGCUACAGUUCUUCCAACAAUGACAUUGCUCUACUGAGGCUCUCUGAACCAGUCACUUUCACCAGUUACAUCUCCCCAGUCUGCCUAGCCGCCUCGGGCAGCAUUUUCUCCAGCGGGGUUGACUCCUGGAUCACUGGCUGGGGCAACAUUGGGAGUGGAGUCCCUCUUCCGUCUCCUCAAAACCUGAUGGAGGUGGAGGUGCCAGUUGUGGGAAACUCACAGUGCAAGUGUAGCUAUGGGGACAGCGCCAUUACUGACAACAUGAUGUGUGCCGGGUUACUAGAGGGAGGGAAGGACUCCUGUCAGGGGGAUUCAGGUAUGCCUCAGAUAUAUCCCAGGAUCAGCCUGCUGAGUGUCAGAUAG